UCGAUGUAAUUUCAUCAGACGUAGUUUUUGCCAGACACAGAUAAAUUUCCUUACUUUUUGAUUUUUUAUGUACAAAGCAGACGUCAAGUGAUUUGCCAUGACAUUAAGCGAGUUCUUUACUCGAGUUACAGACUCGAUAUCCAAAGCAAGCAUCCAGCCUGUCAGAGUUGAGCAUCAAGUUGAACAAGUUCCACCAUCAAGGAUGAGCGAGUUCACAUCUCUGUUGAUCAGACUGGCACUGUCCGCUGGGCUGUCUCUCGUGUUGGGUAAAAUUCUGCUUGAUAUGAUGGACCCCACAAGGAAGCAAAAGAAGGAGGCAGAGAAGAGGGCUAAAGAAUUGAUGAAAAGAAUUGGUGUGACUAAUGUAAAGUUGACAGAAUAUGAGCUUUGUUUCGCAGCUGACUUGAUUGAACCAGAGAGCCUUGAUGUUUCGUGGAGUGACAUUGGGGGGUUAGAUGAUGUGGUCAGGUCAAUCCAAGAAACAGUCAUUUUUCCAUUCAAAAGACGAGACUUGUUCAAAGAUUCAUAUUUAAUUCAACCACCAAAGGGCCUCUUGUUACAUGGACCUCCUGGAUGUGGUAAAACAAUGGUCGCCAAAGCAAUUGCUAAAGAUGCAGGAGCCAGAUUUAUUAAUUUCAAAAUUUCAUCAAUGGUGGAUAAAUGGUAUGGAGAAUCACAAAAAAGAGCAGAGGCCGUCUUCUCAUUGGCUAUGAAACUGCAGCCAGCAAUUAUAUUUAUAGAUGAAAUAGAUUCCUUUUUACGGUCCAGAAGUUCCCAGGACCAUGAAGCCACAGCAAUGAUCAAGGCUCAGUUUAUGAGUAUGUGGGAUGGCAUUAUUACAGACCCCAAAUGUCAGGUGAUGAUCAUAGCAGCAACAAAUCGUCCCAGUGACAUUGACCCAGCCAUUCUUAGAAGAUUACCUUGCCAAUUUAGCAUUAAAAAACCAGAAAAACUUCAAAGAAUCAAUAUAUUAAAACUUGUGUUGUAUGGAGAAGACACAGAGGGUUUAGAUUAUGAACAGUUAGGAGAAGAAACUAUGGGAAUGACAGGGAGUGACCUAAAGGAAGUUUGUAGGGUAGCAUCAACCAAUCGAAUCAGAGAGUUAAUCCAGGACAACCAGUCAGAUAAUAUCUAUAAAGUGAAAAUAGACAGACUAAGACCUGUAACAAUGAAGGAUAUGGCAGUUGCUAUUGAAAAGGUUUCAAAGUCCAAGUCUGAAGUGUUCACAAGUUUUUCUGGGUUUCAAAUGGACUAAAGAUUGUUCAUAAGCAUGGAAACUGAUUAAAAUGCAUCUUUGAAAAGCCAAAUGAUGAUUUGUACUAAACUAAUGCAGAUAUUAAAUUCCAAAUUAUCAUCAUACACAUUAUAGCAAUCCAUUGGUUUUAAUAUUCUUUCAAUGAAUUUUCUCCCCUUGCUCUUUGUAUUGUCUUUGAAUGUAAUGUAUAUAUUUUUUUCAUUAAUUCUUUUUGUAUUAGAUAUUAUAAAAAAAUUUGACUCUAUUAAGAACAUUCUAAAUAUAUGUGCUUUAUGUCAUAUUGUAUCAAAAUUAAGGAGUAGAACAUUGAUUAUGUUGUGAAUGCCUCAGAGCUUCUUAGCUAUUAGGUAAGAGAAGGGAAAACACCCCCUCCCUAAACACCCACCCACACACAUACAAAACACUUCUGUUAUUUAUGUGAUAUCUGUUGGAUGAAAAUGUUACUUAAUUUUUAUUACUGAUUUAAUAUCAUUCUAUUGAAUGUUAUUUUUAUUUUAAGUGAUAUUUUUCAUCUUUUAACUGAUGAAGUUAAAGUAUGAGAGUUACAUGUACUGAAUUAAAGAAACUGGUUAUAGCCAGCUUAAAGAA